CGGUGGUUCUCUUCCCCCGGGUUGUAUUUGAGUUCCGCCAUGCCGGCCACGCAGCCCGAUGUGUCCGAGCGGGUCUCCGCCUUCCUCGGACAGUUGUCCCGGGGGGAGCUCCGCCGCUCCGGGGAGGUUGCGGCCGGAACUGCGGGCCUCAUGCGGCAGAUCGUGGCUCACAGCCGGUGGAACAACGCAGGGGAGUUGCUGAAUUUGAUCCGAACAGAAGGACGGAGAAUGAUUGCAGCUCAUCCCUGGGAGACCAGUGUGGGGAACAUUGUUCGGCGAGUGAUGAAGAUCAUCCGAGAGGAAUACAGUCGGCUUCGAGGCUGCAUUGAGGAGACGGACCAGGAUUCACUGCACAAGCUGCUAACGUCAGGCAGUCAAAGUGAGGAUUUCAGUGUGAGCUUCACUCCCCUCAAAACCAAUGUCAUCGAAGUCAUCAACGAACUUCUCGUGGAGCUUGAGGGUACGAUGGAUAACAUCGCAAUGCAGGCCCUGGAACACAUCCAUUCCAAUGAGGUCAUCAUGACAUUGGGGCGCUCCCCAACUGUUGAAGCAUUUCUUAAAGACGCAGCUCGAAAACGCAGCUUCCAUGUUAUUGUCGCAGAAUGUGCUCCCUACUGUCAGGGUCACGAGAUGUCACUUGCUCUGUCUGCAGCUGGGAUUGAGACGACCGUCAUCACUGAUGCAGCCAUCUUUGCUGUGAUGUCCCGUGUUAACAAGGUGAUCAUUGGCACAAAGACCAUUCUUGCUAAUGGGGGACUACGAGCUGUGAAUGGGGCUCAUACACUCGCCCUUGCAGCCAGGCACCACUCCACACCCGUCAUUGUCUGUGCUGCCAUGUUUAAGCUGUGUCCACAGUUUCCUAAUGAGGAGAACACAUUUAAUAAGUUUGUCUCACCGCAGGAGGUGCUUCCUUUCACAGAAGGUGAGAUUCUGUGCAAAGUGAGUGUUCACUGCCCUGUGUUCGAUUACGUUCCGCCAGAGCUCAUCACUCUGUUCAUUUCCAACGUUGGAGGAAAUGCCCCCUCCUACAUUUACCGACUGAUGAGUGAACUCUACAAUCCUGAUGACCAUCACCUCUGAUUUAAUAAAACUCAGAGAAUCUGUUUCUAUUUAAUCAGAGACUAAGCUCUCCAUAUCACAGACCACUCCACAGCCAGAUACAUGCACAUUACCCUCCACAGAAGCAGGAACUGAGCUUCUGCCUCAUCCCUCAGUGCAGUUAAUGGACAGGCCAAGGUGAGACAGAAAAUGCUAUUAAUAGAAAAACAGAGUUUGUGUUUCAGAUUACUGACUCUUGAUUGGAACUGAGAAAAUAUAGAAAUAGAAUAGGUUUAAGCAAGCAUCAGAACAAGAGGGCUUUCUGAUUGAACUUUGCCCUAAGGACAAUGAGACAAGUAAAGAAAUAAAAGGUGGGUCUGGGACAGAAUCAAGUAAAAUGAGAGGAGGAACCGAAGUAAGUGAAGAAACUAGGGACAGUGAUUACAAGCUGAAAUUGUUAAACUCAGUGUUGAGACCAGAUUGGCUGAGGUCCUGGUUAUUGAGCUUCACUGAAACAUUAGAGAAAACAAGGUGGAGAAUUGAGGCCAGUGAGAAAGUGAGAACGUAUGGAAACACAGCACAAAGUGCACUGCUGUAUAAUAUUUGGGAUAAACCAGCUGAAUGGCAACUUACUCCUUUAUAUUAACAAACUAUUUAUUCAAUAAAUAAGUAGUAAUAAUGGAAUGUGCAUAAAACAAUGGCUUGCUGUGACAGCAGCUGACAGUUCCUGGGCACAAAGGGGAGUCCUGCUCCUAAGUACCAUUGAAAGUGUGAGUGGCCAUAGUUCAUGCUUUUACAGAUGGCAAAGCCUGAUGUUAAAUGCCCAUAUGGACUACACUGCUCCUUCCCAUACAGUCUAUCAGGCAGAAGAUGCAUAGUGCCAACUGUGAGGAGACAGCACUUUAUCCAUUUCACAUCAGGUACCACCAGGAAACUGGAGGCAUUGAUUAAGUGAUGGUGCAAGCAUUGUCAUUACAAAGAGCUUUAGGUAAAAAUUCCACCCACAGACGUCUGGACUGUUGCCACGGCCAAUUAAAUACUUCCACUGUUGAACCGGGCUUCACACAACUGGUGCAGUUUCUGUAAAUUUGGUCUGUGAUGAACCUAUGGAUCAGAAUAAAUGGAAAUUGAAUCAA